GCGGCCGUUGGCCAACAGCAGAGGACUACAACUCCCGGCCUGCAUCGCGCACCGGGCCCCGCCCCAAGCUUUCGUCCUGGCGGCGGCGCCCCGCGGCCCUGUGGGAGCGGUAGUCCGCGCGCGCGAUUCACAGCGCCGCGUGCGCCCCGGGCGCGCCGUAGCCGCCGGGCCCCGGCCGGGCGUACGCUACGGAGGCGGCGUAGGGCGGGCGCCGAACGCGGGCCGAGUCGGAGCCGGGCUGGGCGUGCGGUUUCUCCGCCACUCGACGCGGGAGGCCGGCGGCAGAAGUUGUGGCUCGGCCGGCGCCGGCGAGCAGGCCUGGGGCUGUGCCGCCCGGGCCGCGGGGACUGAGGAGGCGCCGCCAGGUUGCGGAGCCCGGCCGCCCUGUCUCCGGCGUGGGCGCUGUCCUCCCUCCAUGCUCCGCCUCCCCUGCUGCCGGCCGCGUGUGACCAGGCCCGGGUCUCAGCGCGGCCGCCACCGCGGGGGCCAUGGGGAGCUCCGCCUCCUCGCUGGCCACCGAGACCGAGUCGGACCACGGCUUCCCCGGGGGACCGCCUUACUCCGGGCCCCCUGCAGCAGCCGGCUGGUGUAGGAGUGGCCCCGGGGGGCCUGUCUGGGGUGGUGCCCUGGUCACCCGGCAGCACCCGUCCCCGCGUCCCCGGGCCCGAAGCCACACGCACUCUCCUGGGUCCAUGGCCGCGAUUGGGGAGUGGUCCUGUGCGCGCUGCACCUUCCUGAACCCAGCCGGCCAACGCCAGUGCUCCAUCUGUGAGGCCCCCCGGCACAAGCCUGACCUCGACCACAUCCUCCGGCUCAGCGUGGAGGAGCAGAAAUGGCCCUGCGCCCGCUGCACGUUCCGGAACUUUCUGGGCAAAGAGACUUGUGAGGUGUGCGGCUUUGCCCCAGAGCCCGUGCCUGGCACCUCCCUGCUGCCCAUCAUCAACGGGGUCCUGGCGGAGCCCAGGGGCGGCUGCAAGGAGGAGGCCGGUCCCGUUCGGACGGUGGGGCUGGCGGCCGCAGACCCAGCUCGGGGGCGGCCUGAGGAGGAGGAGGAGCAGCAGGAGGAAGUGGAGGUGGAGGAGGGGGAGCAGGAGGGAGCAGCAGAGCCGGGGAGCGGCUGGGCCUGCCAGCGCUGCACGCUGCACAACACGCCCGUGGCCAGCUCCUGCUCUGCCUGCGGCGGCCCCCGGAAACUCUCGCUGCCCAGGAUCCCUCCCGAGGCCCUGGUGGUCCCCGAAGUUGUGGCCCCCGCCGGCUUCCACGUCAUACCUGCCCCACCCCAGCCCGGGGAAGGUGCCGAAGCUGACCCUCCCUCUGCCACCGACCAGGAGCCCCCCCGGGCGCCGACCUUCAGCCCCUUCUCGCCCACCCUGCAGAACAACCCUGUGCCCCGCAGCCGCCGCGAGGUCCCCCCGCAGCUGCAGCCACCGGUGCCUGAGGCCACCCAGCCCUCCCCCUCUGCCGGCUCCAAGGGGCCCCCCCAGGGCCCAGGGCGGACCGCAGCCGGAGCCUCCCGCCUGGCGGAGCUGCUGUCAAGCAAGAGGCUGAGCAUGCUGGAGGAGGAAGCCGCCGAGGGCAGCCCUGGCCGCUGUGAGGCUUGCGGCGCCAUGCCGGGCAGCGACGUCAUUGACCUGGCUGGAGACACCGUGCGCUACAAGCCCGCCAGCCCCUCCAGCCCCGACUUCACCACCUGGUCAUGUGCCAAGUGCACACUUAGGAACCCCACGGCGGCCCCCCGAUGCACUGCGUGCGGCUGCUCCAAGCUGCAUGGUUUCCAGGAGCACGGUGAGCCCCCCACCCGCUGCCUCGACUGCAGCACCGAGAAGUCCGGCCCCUGCUCCGCCCACAAGGCCAGCUGCCCGGGCCCCGCGGUGCCACCUGAGCGCCCGGGCCAGUGGGCCUGCCCUGCCUGCACUCUGCUCAACGCACCCAGGGCCAAGCACUGUGCCGCUUGUCACACACCCCAGCUCCUGGUGGCCCAGCGCCGGGGCGUCACACCCCUGAGGCGCAGGGAGAGCAUGCACGUGGAGAAGCGGCGGCAGACCGAUGAGGGUGAGGCCAAGGCCCUCUGGGAAAACAUCGUGGCCUUCUGCCGGGAGAACAGCGUGAACUUCGUGGAUGACAGCUUCCCCCCUGGGCCCAAGUCUGUGGGCUUCCCUGCGGGUGACAGCGUCCAGCAGCGUGUACGGCAGUGGCUGCGGCCCCACGAGAUCAACUGCUCCGUCUCCAGGGACCACAACACCUCGUGGUCCGUGUUCCACACUCUCCGGCCCUCGGACAUUCUGCAGGGGCUGCUGGGGAACUGCUGGUUCCUGAGCGCGCUGGCCGUGCUGGCCGAGCGGCCCGACCUGGUCGAGCGAGUGAUGGUCACACGCAGCCUGUGUGCGGAGGGCGCCUACCAGGUGCGGCUGUGCAAGGACGGCACGUGGACAACGGUGCUGGUGGAUGACAUGCUGCCGUGCGACGAGGCCGGCUUCCUCCUCUUCUCCCAGGCUCAGCGGAAGCAGCUGUGGGUGGCGCUCAUCGAGAAGGCGCUGGCCAAGCUGCACGGCUCCUACUUCGCCCUCCAGGCGGGGCGCGCCAUCGAAGGCCUGGCCACGCUCACCGGUGCCCCCUGUGAGAGCCUGGCGCUGCAGGUCAGCUCCACUAACCCCCGCGAGGAGCCCGUUGACACUGACCUCAUCUGGGCCAAAAUGCUGAGUUCUAAGGAGGCUGGGUUCCUCAUGGGCGCCUCCUGCGGCGGGGGUAACAUGAGAGUGGACGACGCUGCCUAUGAGAGCCUGGGCCUGCGUCCCCGCCACGCCUACUCCAUCCUGGACGUCCGCGACGUCCAGGGCUCCAGGCUCCUGCGCCUCCGGAACCCGUGGGGCCGCUUCUCCUGGAAUGGCAGUUGGUCAGAUGAGUGGCCGCACUGGCCAGGGCACCUGCGCAGCGAGCUCAUGCCACACGGGAGCAGCGAGGGCGUCUUCUGGAUGGAGUACAGUGACUUCAUCAGGUACUUCGACUCCGUGGACAUCUGCAAGGUGCACUCGGACUGGCAGGAGGCGCGUGUGCAGGGCUGCUUUCCCAGCUCCGCCAGCGGGCCCGUGGGGGUGACUGCUCUUACGGUGCUGGAGCGCGCGUCCCUGGAGUUCGCCCUCUUCCAGGAGGGCAGCAGGCGCGCAGACUCCGGGGACAGCCACCUGCUGGACCUGUGCGUGCUGGUGUUCCGCGCGUCCUUCGGCGGCGGCGGCCGCCUGAGCCUGGGCCGCCUGCUGGCCCACAGCAAGCGCGCCGUCAAGAAGUUCGUCAACUGCGACGUGAUGCUGGAGCCGGGCGAGUACGCCGUGGUGUGCUGUGCCUUCAACCACUGGAGCCCCGCGCCGGGCCCCCCGCCCGCCGGCGCGCAGGCCUCCAGCCCCUCGGCGGGAGUCCCGCGCGGCGCCCCGCAGCCGCCCGGCCACGUGCUGGCCGUGUACAGCUCCAGGCUGGUCAUGGUGGAGCCCGUGGAGGCCCAGCCGACCACGCUGGCCGACGCCAUCAUCCUGCUCACCGAGAGCCGGGGCGAGCGGCACGAGGGACGCGAGGGCAUGACCUGCUACUACCUGACGCACGGCUGGGCGGGGCUCAUCGUGGUGGUGGAGAACCGGCACCCCAAGUCCUACUUGCACGUGCAGUGUGACUGCUCCGACAGCUUCAACGUGGUGUCCACGCGCGGCAGCCUGCGCACCCAGGACAGCGUGCCGCCGCUGCACAGGCAGGUCCUGGUGAUCCUGUCCCAGCUGGAGGGCAACGCGGGCUUCUCCAUCACCCACCGCCUGGCGCACCGCAAGGCGGCCCAGGCCUUCCUCAGUGACUGGACAGCCUCCAGGGGCACCCACAGCCCCCCGCUCACGCCGGAAGUCGCUGGCCUGCAUGGCCCUCGGCCUCUGUGACCACCCCGCCUUCCCAGCCCCCACGCGCACUUUAUGAGGGAGACCCCAGUGGAGGCCGCUUGAAGCAGAAUCUCAGGACCCCGCCCAGGGAGCCACUAGCUGCAGCAGCUUUCCCUAGGCCUUCCUCUCUGCCCCUCCCUCCUGCCCAGGGCCUCCCAGCUACCAAGCAGAAUACCUCGAACCCGCCUCUAGCGCAGGGGCCUGUACGCCAGCCCCUCUGACCGUCCACCUCCAGGCCGGGUUCAGACUGCCGGGGCCAAACCGAGGCGAGGCUUCUCGUCCCCUGGGGGCCUGGGGCCUCCUCCCUGGGCGAGGCAGCCAAGAGCCCUGUCCAUGGAACCAGAUCUGGGCAGGUCAGAAGCCAGGACCCCAGGGUGAGAGCAGGGUUCACUCCCUUGUAGGGGUCAGGCUGGGACCCCAGGGUGAAGAGGAACCAUGUCCUCUGUGAUGGAUCAGAGGCUGGGACUCCAGGGUGAGUAGGGACCACCCUCCUCUGUUGGGGUCAGAGGCUGGGAUCCUGGGGUGAGAGCAGGGACCACCCCCUCGUGGGACAUGAGUUCAGGAGCCUUCUCGCCCCAGCUAACCCCCAGAGCACAUUUCCCUGCCCCCCAUCCCCCACAAAGCAAGCAGGGGUCCUUGGAGUCCCAGCAGCGUGUCCCAGGAGCCAGGUGCCUGGCGACCGAGGGCUCAGGGCCGGGGAUGGGGAGGGUCCCAGCUGCCCCUCUGGCGACACUAUGCAAUUCCUGGAGAGCCUGCCAGGAUCGAAGCCAUGCCCCCAGGGCUGGAGGUCAGGGCCCGCCGGUCAGGGUGCAGCCAGGCCCGGACCCAGCCCUGCUGUUCGAUGUCCGGGUCUCUGGCAGGCUCCCUGUCUGGGCCCCUCCCUGCUCCUCCCCCACCUCGGAAGCCCGGGGAGCUGAGCGGCCACUCGGCCCCCCCGGCCGCCCUCCCCUGAGGCUGCCGUCAGGCCAGAGACCUGCAGUUGCCCGCAGACAUCGGAGGCCAGCUCCUGCGGGGGCCGCCCAGCCUCGGUGUCCUGCAGCUCCCAGUCAGCGGGCAGCCCUGGGGGGGCUUUUACGCCUGGAGAAACACCGGGAAGCACUCCACUCCCCUUUUACUCUGAGCUGUGAAUAUUUUUAACCCUGUAUAUACGGCCAGCUCUUCUGACACAGAGACUAUUUUACCAGUUGCCAGUCCCCAUCCCUGUAGGAUGGUUCUCCAUGGGCGUUUCCAGACUCAGGCUCCAAUGGACCAAAUAAAAACGUUUUGUUUUGUAA